AUGCACAGAGAUAAACUGCAACUGCCACUGCCUACAGAAUCCACCUGCGAUGGAUACUUGGUGUCCUCUACAGAAGCCAGCAAAGCACUUCAUCAGCAGCACCUAGAGAGACAACGGCAGGCCAAGAAGGAGGCAAAACUGGCUGAGUUGAAUAGUCUGAUUGGCGGGAUCACUGAGCUCGAUGAUGAGCAUGAGCAUCAUGACCACGACGAUAAGCACAGGAGAAAGAGAGGCAAGAAGAAGAAGGUUGUUGAUGAUAGUGAGCCUGUGGAUGAUUUUCAAGUAAGCCACGGUGGCCUCGGCGCCUUCUUUAAACGAUCGCUUGGGAGAUUCAAGUUGGGUAGCGGCGUGGAUUCUAAGCCUGGAAAUAAUAGCCAUCACCACAGUCACAGAUACUCACAGUCCAAUUCUACUCAAAUCAAAUCCAUCAGUAGCACAACAAGCACAACUAGCAGCAGCUCAAGCUCAAAUUGGAGUGGCAGACAAAGCCACCGACGCAGUUAUAGCCAUAGUCACAGUAAUAGCAAUAGUAAUAAUCAUAUCCAACCUCACAAUCCUCCAAUCCACAACUCAACUAUUCAGAACUUCAUCCAAGGUGGCCAACCAUCUUUGUAA